UUGGUCUGUGCAAAGCAACGCUGCCUUCCAUACCGGAGAGAGAUCCCCCCCGCUAACCGGAGUAUCUCCUCUCUGUGGUGCGGUGAUGUGAUGUGAUGUGUGUGUGUGUGUGUGUGGUAGGGGGGAAGGCUUUCUAGCGAGAUAAACAAGCAGCCAGUCAUGCAGCGUCGGGGUUUGAGCCAGCAGCAGCAGUCAGCAGGCAGCCAGCAGCCAGCAGCAGCAGUCGGAGGAACAUGGCCGCAGCACAGUUAGCUAGCGGUAAAUAGCUUUUCCUCCCGACCGAAGGUCAGACCGGGUUUAACACACGGGAUUUAACACAGCACAGGCCGACGGAAAGUUUCACGUCGUAGAAGAGGUGGAUGAAGGGUUGCCCUCCCAGCAGCCAUGAUGCCCUGAAGAGCUGACUGGAGUCUGGAUGAGAACCUAGACGCUGAUAUGCAGUGAGGAUGAGUGGCGUUGGUGAAAACCCCUCGAACCCUGCUGCAAGGGUCGAGUCGCGGAAACGCAAAGAAUGUUCCUCUGACCUGCUGGGUCCCAGCCCCAAACAAAGCAUCGAGAAGAGAAACCGUGAGCAUGAGAACAAGUACAUCGAGGAGCUGGCCGAGCUGAUCUUCGCUAACUUCAACGAUAUCGAUAACUUCAACGUCAAACCAGACAAAUGUGCUAUCCUGAAGGAGACUGUCAAACAGAUACGACAGAUCAAAGAGCAAGAGAAAGCAGCCGCGGCCAAUGAGGAGGAGGUACAGAAGGCCGAUGUGUCGUCGACGGGCCAAAGCAUCAUCGACAAGGAUGCUCUCGGACCAAUGAUGCUGGAGGCCCUGGACGGGUUCUUCUUUGUGGUGAAUAUGGAGGGGAACAUAGUGUUUGUGUCUGAGAACGUGACCCAGUACCUGCUGUAUAACCAGGAGGAGCUGAUGAACACCAGCGUCUACAGCGUUCUGCACGUAGGAGACCACGCUGAGUUCAUCAAGAACCUGCUGCCCAAGAGCCUGGUCAACGGGGUGCCGUGGUCCAGUGAAGGUCCCAGGAGGAGCAGUCACACGUUUAACUGUCGUAUGCUGAUCAACCCUCACCGUGACAACCAGGAGGAGACCAACGACCACGAGGGACAGAAACAGACAUAUGAGACCAUGCAGUGUUUCGCUGUCUCCAAACCCAAGAGCAUCAAGGAGGAGGCAGAAGACUUCCAGUCAUGUCUGAUCUGUGUGGCUCGCAGGAUGCCCAUGAAGGAGCGGCCCGUUCUGCCCACGCACGAGAGCUUCACCACCCGCCAGGACCUGCAAGGUAAGAUCACAUCACUAGACACCAGUCUUCUGAGAGCCUCUAUGAAGCCUGGCUGGGAAGACCUGGUGAGGAGAAGCAUCCAGAGGUUUCACCUACAGAACGACGGAGAGAUGUCCUUCGCCAAGAGACACCAACAAGAGGUGUUGCGUCACGGCCAGGCGUUCAGCCCCAUCUACAGGUUCUCUCUGUCAGACGGGACCAUCGUGUCGGCUCACACCAAGAGCAAGCUGGUCCGCUCCCCUGCCACCAACGAACCCCAGCUCUACAUGUCUCUACACCUGCUACAGAGAGAGCGUGGUAUGGGGCCGGGUCAGGAUAUGGGGCCCGGUGGACAGGGCCAGCAGGGGACAGGGAUGGGCCCCUGCCCCAAACCAAUGGCCCCCAACCCCUCAAUGACACCUCCAACCCCGGGGACAAUAUCUGGUCUGGUGCCCCAGGGACAGGACACCACGAUCAGCUCUAACAGCACGCCCUUCUCCCUUCCUCAUGGAGGUCCAGUGUCCAGAGAACCAGGGCUCGGACCCAUGGGGUCCGGGUCUGGACACAUGCAGGGCUACCGUUACGGUUGCCCUCCCCAGCCCAUGGGCUACCCCGGAGGGAUGCAGGGCGGCAUGGGCAUGAACCCACCCAACCAUCCCCACCAGCAAGGGGCCAGCUGGAGGAUGAGCAGCCCGUCUCGAGGCAGCCCUAGCCCAGCUGGAGGCCCCCAUCUGGGGCAACAGAACUCGAUGCUGUCCCCUAGGCACCGGGCGAGUCCAGGGAUGGCAGGGAGCCCUCGCGUGGCCCCAUGCCUGCACUCGCCCUCCCCUGUGGUGAUUUGUGGGUCUGGAACAGGUGUUGGAGUAGGAGGUAGCGGUCCUGCGGCUAACAGUCUUGCUAACAGCUACACCAGUAGUUCUCUGUCGGCCCUGCAGGCCCUGAGUGAGUGUCACGGGGUCGGACACGGCGGUUGCGUGCACCCACACAUUCAUGGCGCCGGGGGGCAUUCUCACACCCUGGGGUCACCGGACAGGAAGAUGAUGGGGUCGCCAGUCGGAGUCACGAUGGGGGCAGGGGUCAACCCUCACAUGAUGUCGAAGCUUGGCGGCGGCGCUAACACGGAUCCUCACGGAGAGCAGGGUCAGGGUGGACAGUAUGACCAGAGACAGAUGGACAGACAGACUGACGGGAACGGUAGCAGCGGUAACCACGGUGACGUCAAACAGGAGAGGGACGGCUCAAACGAAGGCCCCAACGCGCAGAACCGGGUCCUCCACGACAACAAGGGCCACACCAAAUUACUCCAACUCCUCACCACCAAGUCCGAACCCCUCGACACCCCCUCGUCUCCCAACGGAGGAGGAGACCCCAAGGACCCCUCGUCAGGGCUGGGGGGCCCUCAUGGUGCAGGGGCCCCCGAGGGCCACGGUACAUCCCUAAAGGAGAAACACAAAAUACUCCACAGGCUGCUCCAGAACAGCACCUCCCCCGUCGACCUGGCCAAGCUCACCGCUGAGGCCACUGGGAAGGAGCUGGGAGAGCAGGGGGUAACGAACACCCAGGGGGGUACAGAUGGGAACCUCGCAUCCAAACAGGAGCCCUUGAGUCCCAAGAAGAAGGACAACGCACUGCUGAGGUACCUGCUGGAUGAAGAGGAGGGGGGCAUGAAAGAGAGGCAGGCUAGGAUGGAGGGAGGAGGAGAGGUAAAGACAGAAAUGAAACACCCCCUCGAUGUGAAGACUGAGAAACAGGACGCAGGAUACGAUCGCUCUGAGCAGUCAUCAGAGCUAGAUGAUAUUCUAGAUGAUUUGCAGUGUGUCCAGCCCCAGCUGUUCGGUGAGCCGCGGCCUGUCUCUCUGCCUUCCUCCCUGGACAAACAGACCAUCAUCAACGACAUACUGCACAUCACCCAGGAAACCAGCCCUGCCAACGCCAUGGCAACACAGCAGCAGCAGAGGGGCAUGGGGCCAGGCAACUAUGGUGGUGCCAGAGGGCCGGAGGGCCAGGUGCCAGCUAGGGCCCUCCCUGUGAGGAGUGUAUCCCUGGACAUGAACGUGCCAGGGGUCUCCCAGGGCCAGUAUCUCCCUGUGGGAACCAUAAGCCCCUACACACUCUUACAACAGCAGCAAGGGAUUCUGGCAAACCCCAUCACCAUGAUGUCUAACCAGGCCAACCUCUCAGGUCAGUUGGAUGGUCCUCGGCAGGGCAUGCAGCAGGAGGGGGGCUGGGGUCCCGGGGGCCCAGGUCAGAGCGGGUCAUCAUUGGUCCGUCCACCAGGGGUCCCAGGUCAGCAGGGGACGACGCUCGGCCGUAUGGGGCCCGGCCCUGGAGGCCCUAUGAGACCCAACAGUCAGCCCGGCCCUGGACCCAGACAGAUACUGCAGUCUCAGAUGAUGGCCAAUGACAUGGGUAUGGGGCCCCACCAGUUCUCCCAGCAACAGGCUCCACCCAAUCAGACGGCUCCGUGGCCAGACAGUGUGAUGCCUAUGGAGCAGACUCCUUUCAACCAGAACAGGUCUCUGUAUGCCUCCCAGCAGCAGCAGCAGGAAGUGUUGUGUGGGGUUCAGGGGCCCAGUGGUCAGAGUCAGGGGCCUGGGGGUCCUGGUGAUGGAGGUGGUAGUGAUGAGGGGACUCUCAUGUCCCAGCUCUACACCGUGUUAAAGGACUUUGAUGGCCUGGAGGAGAUAGACAGAGCCCUGGGGAUACCUACUCUGAUGGGACAGGGUCAGUCUGUAGAUCAGGAUCAGUUCUCUUCAGACCCGUCCAUGUUGUUGGACCAGAAGCCUCCAGUGUACGGCCAGCAGCACCAGCAGGACCCGCCACCUGGUUCCCAUCUAGCCCAGAGAGGGUACCAUGGCCCUGGGCCUGGCGGACCCAUGCAGGACCCCACACCUGGCUCCCUUCUAGCCCAGAGAGGGUACCAUGGCCCUGGGCCCAUGCAGGACCCCACAGGUCAAGGUUUCCACCCAAUGGCUGGCCAGAUGGGCCCCAGGCCAGGAUACCCCAUCAUGAGACUGAGGCCCCAAGCGGUGGUUCCUAACCAGCCUAAUACACUGAGGUUACAGCUGCAGCACCGGCUACAGAAUCGCCAACCAAUGAUGAACCAGAUGAGUGGAGUGUCCAAUAUGAACCAAAAUCUACAGUCCAACAACCCCAACCAGGGGACCAUCAAUGCACAGAUGUUGGCCCAACGUCAGAGAGAACUCCUCAGUAACCACCUUCGGCAACGCCAGCUGGAGCACCAGAGACAGCAGCAGCAGCAGAGGAACACGGCGAUGAGAGCCCAGGGACUCAACCUACCACCCAAUAUGGCCGCCGCGGCUGCUGCAAGCGGCCUAUCAGGAGGCCUGAGUAACCCUCGGAUCCCACAGACUACCAACCCUCAGCAGUUCCCCUACCCACCCAGCUACGGUAUGUCCCAGCAGCCUGACGGAGGGUUUGGGGGUCAGGCCACGCCCCAGAGUCCCCUGUUGUCCCCCAGGAUGGCCCACGCCCAGUCACCCAUGAUGCAACAGCAGAGCCAGGGCAACGCCAAUUUCCAGGCGUCGCCUGACCUGAACGGUUGGCUGCCCCAGGGGAACAUGGGAGGAAACAGUAUGUUCAGUACUCAGCAGUCUCCGCCCCAGUUCACCCAGCAGCAGCAGACCAAUGGGGGCGCAGCCAUGUACAACGGCAACGGGAUGAACCUCAACGUCUCCAUGGCUACCAACGCCAGCGGCAUGGCUCCUGUGGGUCAGAUGGCCGGACAGAUGAUCACCUCGCCUGGGAUGACCUCACUGGGACAGGAACAGAAAUACUGCUGACCCUGGUGGAGCGUGUAGUCAACCAGCACCUUGAUGCUAACACCCAGGAUCCAAUGAGCUCGCUCAUCUUCAACCACCCAACCAUUCUACCAAUGGCUCUUUGAGUGAACCUGGCAGUGCCCUGACCCAGCUCUGCCCAACCAAGCCUGACCUCUUGACUUCACCCACCUGGCAUAAAGUGUUCCUCAGAUCUAUCCCUACUGGGGGGGA